ACUCCAUUUCCCGGCGGCCCUGCGUGUGUGGCGCGUGCGCACCGUUCCCCGCGGCGAACGGAAGAUGGCGGCGGCAGCGUCUAGGAAGCGGCGCUGCUGAGGGGGCGCGAGGGGGACGGAGGCCGGAGCCGUGGUUGGAGUGCAGUUGUGCUGGGAUUAUAGGCAUGAGCCACCGUGCCUGGCGGUUUAUUGAGUGUGCUGGUUGUCAGGUGGCCAUGAUCCUUGGCUUACAUAAACAGACCUGGGCGUGAAAAACAGUGCCUUUCACAUAAACAGUACUGCAGCAUAGUGGGACGACCUGCCGACAGCAUGGCAAGCAGCAGUGGGGACAGCGUCACCCGCCGGAGCGUGGCAUCACAGUUUUUUACUCAAGAGGAGGGGCCGGGCAUUGAUGGCAUGACCACCUCAGAGAGGGUGGUGGAUCUUCUGAACCAGGCAGCGCUGAUUACCAAUGACUCAAAGAUCACAGUGCUUAAACAGGUCCAGGAACUGAUCAUCAACAAAGACCCCACACUACUGGAUAACUUUCUGGACGAGAUCAUCGCAUUCCAAGCAGACAAGUCAAUCGAAGUGCGAAAAUUUGUCAUUGGCUUCAUCGAGGAGGCAUGUAAGCGAGACAUUGAGUUACUGCUGAAACUCAUUGCAAACCUCAACAUGCUCUUGAGGGACGAGAAUGUGAAUGUGGUGAAGAAGGCCAUCCUUACCAUGACCCAGCUCUACAAGGUGGCCCUGCAGUGGAUGGUGAAGUCACGGGUCAUUAGCGAGCUGCAGGAGGCCUGCUGGGACAUGGUAUCUGCCAUGGCAGGGGACAUCAUCCUACUGUUGGACUCUGACAAUGAUGGCAUCCGCACCCACGCCAUCAAGUUUGUGGAGGGCCUCAUUGUCACCCUGUCACCCCGAAUGGCUGACUCGGAGAUACCCCGACGCCAGGAGCAUGAUAUCAGCCUGGACCGCAUCCCUCGGGACCACCCCUACAUCCAGUACAAUGUGCUGUGGGAAGAGGGGAAGGCAGCCUUGGAGCAGCUGCUUAAGUUCAUGGUGCACCCUGCCAUCUCCUCCAUCAACCUGACCACAGCUCUGGGCUCCCUUGCCAAUAUCGCCCGCCAGAGACCCAUGUUCAUGUCUGAGGUGAUCCAGGCCUAUGAAACUCUGCAUGCCAACCUGCCCCCAACGCUGGCCAAAUCGCAGGUGAGCAGUGUGCGUAAGAAUCUGAAGCUGCACCUGUUGAGUGUGCUGAAGCACCCAGCCUCCUUGGAGUUCCAGGCCCAGAUCACCACUCUGCUAGUGGACCUGGGGACACCCCAGGCCGAGAUUGCCCGCAAUAUGCCCAGCAGCAAGGAUACCCGCAAGCGGCCCCGAGAUGACUCGGACUCCACGCUCAAGAAGAUGAAGCUGGAGCCCAACCUGGGGGAGGAUGAUGAGGACAAGGACUUGGAGCCAGGCCCAUCAGGGACCUCGAAGGCCUCAGCCCAGAUCUCCGGCCAGUCAGACACAGACAUCACAGCUGAGUUCCUGCAGCCACUGCUGACACCUGAUAACGUGGCCAAUCUGGUCCUCAUCAGCAUGGUGUACCUGCCAGAGGCCAUGCCGGCCUCCUUCCAGGCCAUCUACACCCCUGUGGAGUCAGCAGGCACAGAAGCCCAGAUCAAGCACCUGGCUCGGCUCAUGGCCACACAGAUGACAGCUGCCGGUCUGGGACCAGGUGUGGAGCAGACCAAACAGUGCAAGGAGGAGCCCAAGGAGGAGAAGGUGGUGAAGCCGGAGAGCGUCCUGAUCAAGCGGCGCCUGUCAGCCCAGGGCCAAGCCAUCUCAGUGGUAGGCUCCCUGAGCUCCAUGUCCACUCUGGAGGAGGAGGCGCCCCAGGCCAAGAGGAGGCCAGAGCCCAUUAUCCCUGUCACUCAGCCCCGGCUGGCAGGUGCUGGCGGGCGCAAGAAGAUCUUCCGUCUCAGCGACGUGCUGAAGCCCCUGACCGAUGCCCAGGUGGAGGCCAUGAAGCUGGGCGCUGUAAAGAGGAUCCUGCGGGCUGAGAAGGCUGUGGCCUGCAGUGGGGCAGCCCAGGUACGCAUAAAGAUCCUGGCCAGCCUGAUAACACAGUUCAACUCGGGCCUCAAGGCGGAGGUCCUGUCCUUCAUCUUGGAGGAUGUCCGGGCCCGUCUGGACCUGGCCUUCGCCUGGCUGUACCAGGAGUACAAUGCCUACCUGGCUGCAGGUGCCUCCGGCUCCCUGGACAAGUAUGAGGACUGCCUCAUCCGCCUGCUGUCCGGCCUGCAGGAGAAACCAGACCAGAAGGAUGGGAUCUUCACCAAGGUUGUGCUGGAGGCACCGCUCAUCACAGAGAGUGCCCUGGAGGUGAUCCGCAAGUACUGCGAGGAUGAGAGUCGCACCUAUCUGGGCAUGUCCACGCUUCGAGACCUGAUUUUCAAGCGUCCAUCCCGCCAGUUCCAGUACCUGCAUGUCCUCCUCGACCUCAGCUCCCAUGAGAAGGACAAGGUGCGCUCCCAGGCCCUGCUGUUCAUCAAACGCAUGUAUGAGAAGGAGCAGCUGCGGGAGUAUGUGGAGAAAUUUGCCCUCAACUACCUGCAGCUCCUGGUGCACCCUAACCCACCAUCUGUGCUGUUUGGAGCUGACAAGGACACAGAGGUGGCAGCACCUUGGACGGAGGAGACAGUGAAGCAGUGUCUCUACCUCUACCUGGCCCUCCUGCCUCAGAACCACAAGCUGAUCCACGAGCUGGCGGCCGUGUACACUGAAGCCAUCGCUGACAUCAAGCGGACAGUGCUGAGGGUCAUCGAGCAGCCGAUCCGAGGAAUGGGCAUGAACUCCCCGGAGCUGCUCCUGCUUGUGGAAAACUGUCCCAAGGGGGCAGAGACACUGGUAACGCGGUGUCUGCACAGCCUCACAGACAAAGUCCCACCCUCCCCGGAGCUGGUGAAGCGGGUCCGGGAUCUCUACCACAAGCGACUGCCAGAUGUCCGCUUCCUCAUCCCGGUGCUCAAUGGGCUGGAGAAGAAAGAGGUGAUCCAGGCCCUGCCUAAACUCAUCAAACUCAACCCCAUCGUGGUGAAGGAAGUCUUCAACCGCCUGCUGGGCACCCAGCAUGGUGAGGGAAACUCGGCCUUGUCCCCCCUGAACCCUGGAGAGCUCCUGAUCGCAUUACACAACAUCGACUCCGUGAAGUGUGACAUGAAGUCCAUCAUCAAAGCCACCAACCUGUGCUUUGCGGAGCGGAACGUGUACACGUCAGAGGUGCUGGCCGUGGUGAUGCAGCAGCUGAUGGAGCAGAGCCCCCUGCCCAUGCUGCUCAUGAGGACCGUCAUCCAGUCCUUGACCAUGUACCCCCGCCUGGGGGGCUUCGUCAUGAACAUCCUGUCCCGCCUCAUCAUGAAGCAGGUGUGGAAGUACCCCAAGGUGUGGGAGGGCUUCAUCAAGUGCUGCCAGCGCACCAAGCCCCAGAGCUUCCAGGUCAUCCUGCAGCUGCCGCCCCAGCAGCUGGGAGCCGUCUUUGACAAGUGUCCUGAGCUCCGGGAGCCCCUGCUGGCUCACGUCCGCUCCUUCACCCCCCACCAGCAAGCUCACAUCCCCAACUCCAUCAUGACCAUCUUGGAGGCAACCGGCAAGCAGGAGCCAGAGGCCAAGGAGGCAUCUUCGGGGCCCUUGGAGGAGGAUGACCUGGAGCCCCUGGCCCUGGCCCCUGCCCCGGCCCCCCGGCCUCCACAGGACCUCAUCGGCCUACGGCUGGCCCAGGAGAAGGCCUUAAAGCGGCAGCUGGAGGAGGAGCAGAAGCUGAAGCCCGGAGGAGUGGGAGCCCCCUCCUCUUCCUCCUCCUCUCCCUCAGCCCGACCGGGCCCGCCCCCGUCAGAGGAAGCCAUGGAUUUCCGGGAGGAGGGGCCUGAGUGCGAGACCCCGGCCAUCUUCAUCAGCAUGGAUGAUGACUCGGGGCUGACUGAGGCCGCACUGUUGGACUCUAGUCUGGAGGGGCCCCUACCCAAGGAGGCUGCAGCAGGCGGAUUGACCUCGAAGGAGGAGCGGAGCCCCCAGACCCUCGCCGCUAUUGGAGAAGAUGCUGUGAAGACCCCCAGCCCGGCCGCCGAGGAUGUGGGGGAACCCGAGGCCAAGGGGAACAGCUGACGGGUCUCGAGGGGGAAGGAGGGUGGGACCGGGACGUGAGGCUGGGAGAUGGGCAGAGCUCGACCUGCGGAUGGUUUGCCUUAAAAAAAUAAAUAAAAGAUGUGAAAUUGG